GGCUGUCAAAUGUGGUCAAUUUUGACAAGAAGUUGACAGUUAUAGAUAUAUAAGAAGCGGAUUCGGAAUUGUUUUUAAUAACUAAAAUGAAGAUUUCACGUUUAAAAAAAGCACACAAAACAUUAACAUUUUUUUCCACAAAUUUUGAAUACCGCGAGCCGUACCAAAUACUGGUAGAUGCCACUUUUUGUCAAAUGGCUUUGCAAAAUAAAGUUAUUAUCGAGGAACAAUUAAGAAAAUACUUUCAGUCGACUAUAAAAUUAGUUACUACGCAAUGUAUAAUAUUAGAAUCUGAAUCACUAGGAGCCCAGCUCGCUGGUGCGACUAUGAUCGUCAAAAAUUUCCAUGUUCACAAGUGUGGCCAUGAAGGUUCUCCUGUUCCGGGUUUGCAGUGCAUUAAAACAAUGGCACAUGAUGGACGUUAUAUUGUGGCAUCACAAGAUCGGUCCUUACAAAAGAGCCUUAGAAAAGUACCUGGUCGAAUGCUGCUAUACCUUCACAAGGCAACUCCGGUGUUAGAAGAACCUUCUGAUGCAUCAAAAAAAUAUGUUAUGAAAAAGUCACAAAAAAGUUUAACUUGUGGUAUAGAAAAACACUUGAAGGAAUUAAAACAAAUUAGAGAUUUAAAUACAGAUAUAUCGGAUAAGGCAUCAAAAAGAACUAGGCCCAAGAACCCAAAUCCACUUUCGUGUAAGAAAAGUAAAAAAAGAAAGGAUAAAAAUCACCAGAAUAUAGAUCCGAAAGCAUCCAGCCUAUGUACUUCUAGUGAAACCAGCAUGAAGAAGAAGCGAAAACGGCUCAAGAUACCCUCACAUGUAAAGGCAGCACUAAAAAACCCUGCAUAAAAACGAUACUAUUUUUGAAUAGCAAUCUAAAUUAAUAAAACUUAUUGUAACAAAUACGUAAAAAUACCUAAAAAUUUAAAACAAAUAAAA